AUGAAGUUCUCUCUUCCCAUCGCCAAAUUCCACGAGGAUGUUUGCGAGAAGGGCAAAUGCAGUGCCACCAUCAACGAGCACAGCGAAUACCUCGUCAACGACGUCUUCCCCAAGAUCAUCUCUGACCUGGACGAGAAGCUGGAGAUAUCCGCUGGCAAAAAGCAGCUUUUCAGCCAAAUUCACACUCAGGCUGCCGCUGCAGUCAAGAAGAGCUGCAAUUCCCAGGGCGAGAAGCCUCUGUGCAAUUCCCAGGGCGAGAAGCCUCUGUGCGAUGACCCCCAAGGUCUCUUCGAAUGGGGCUCUUGCGCUCUCAAGGCUUCUACCCCUAUCUACCAGAAGCAUAUGAAAGAGCUGGCUAGUGCCUCUCAGCUCUCUGAGGCUCAGUGCCAGAAGCUCAAGGCUUUGGAAAAUUAUGAUUCUGUCUGGAAUAAGACCAUUCCUGGUUAUAUUGAGACUUUGCCCAGAAAUGCGAGAGCAAGAACUAGGUUCGAUAUAAAUCUGGAUGCUAGAUCUGCAAUAUUGGACAACGCCACCAUUGGACCUGCAUCCUCAUCCAAAACACCCGCUCAAUCCAAAUCCACCGCAAAGCGCCAACGCGCCCAGUCCCGCCCCGAAUCAGUCGCCUCCGACUCAGACUCCGGCUCGGAAUCAUCUGUCCACAGUCGCGAACGUUCCGUCUCCCAGGAACCGGACUUUAUACUCGCAGAAAUUAUCGAGAAUAAUCCGACCGAGGACGUGGCGUCCAGUGAUCCGACCAUACCGCCUAAGCUACUUACACGAUUACUGCAUCAGCAUUUCAGUAAUGAGAAGACGAAGGUUGCCAAGGACGCGAAUUCGAUCGUGGCGAAAUAUGUGGAUGUCUUUGUGCGAGAGGCUAUUGCGCGUGCGGCAUAUGAAAGGGCCGAGACGAAUAAUGGGGGCAGAGGGGCCGGUGAUGGGUUUUUGGAGGUAGAGGACUUGGAAAAAAUGGCGCCGCAACUUACAAUGGACUUUUGA